AUGUCUACUUGUGCAAUAAAACAGUGUGGGGCAAGGAAAAACCCCAAUCAACCUCAUUUGACUAUGCACAGAUUCCCUAAAAAUGAAGUGCUGCGUCAGAAGUGGCUUGAAGUCAUUGGGACGGAAAAUAUCAAACCUGGACUUAAAGCGCCACGUAUUUGUUCAUUACACUUUGCAGUAUCAUCCUUCAAUAGAACCCUUGAUGUUAUAAGGCUGCGGGAUGAUGCAGUACCGUCAAUCCACCUUGUAGUAAGUGAAAUAAUCAACAUUAUAUUGUUUUUAAUUUCCCGAUCAGCCUGUCGAUUCGUCCAGUACUUUACUAUUAUUGUUUAUCAAAUUUAAUAUUAUUAAAUACCUGUACACAAUUUUAUGUUUAACUUCUAGUGAUAAAAAAUAUGAGAUAUUAAUAAUCAUUUCGAUUAAUAAUAAUAAUAAAAAAAAUACUUUCAGCCGCAACUAAGGCCUCUUACAAAAUGAUAAAAUAAUACAUAAUUUUUAAUUUAAAAAAAACA